AUGAAACACAUCCAACUGCCAAAUUUUUCUAAGUUCCCUUUGGGUUACUUCAUGCAGGUAGUAGAGUUUGGUUAUACAAAGAACAACCCUAUUGAAUUACCUGUCCGCUUUUGUCGCGGCUCUAUUGAAUUAUUAGUCCGCUUUUGUCACGGCUCUGUUAUCCCGCUCUCCCUUCUACAGGUCCUCAGGCAGCAGCAGCAAGAGCAACACCUAACUGUCCCAGCUGUGCCUAACUGUCCAGCUCUGAUCAUCCUGCAACAGCAUAAAAUAGAAGAUGCUGGUAUAGCAUGCAUAACUGAAAAAAAAGAAGAUAUCAAACAUGAAAAAAAUACUGGAAAAAUCACACAACACUCAAAACUUUGUGUGGACAGAAGACGUGUGAACUAUGCUAAAUUCAUUAACACAAAUGCAAGAACAUACAAUGAGCCAGUUCCCUACAUUGAGAAUAAAGGGCCAGCAAAGCAGAGAAAAUGGUGGUUACAUAAUGAAGCACAACAACCUAUCUCCCAACCAUCUUAUGACACCAAGAGCACACAGAGAAGUGAUUUUCAAAAGCCAGCAUGCCCGCUGGUUUUGCCAGUCAAACACAACAGGAUGCGAAAGCCUUCUUGUGGAAUAGUUCCACUUACCUGUCUGAGUUCAUCAGCAGAACAAGAAAAAAAAUUUGUAGAAUACAUCUCCUUUAUACAUCAAUAUGAUUCCAGGAAAACUCCCAAUGAGCCCAUCCGGGGAAAGAGACAUGGAACCUUUGUGCAGAGAGAGAUAAAGCCACAGACUACACCAAUAGUUCCUAAGGGACCAGAGGUAUUACUAAACUCUCUAGGGCCAUGUUCAUCAGGACAGCCCCAAAAUACAGAAAAAGAAAACUCGUCAGGAGACAGAGUGACCUCACCAGGCCUGUGCUAACAGAAUUCCCAAGAACUGCUGCAGAUUUAAAACAGCUUAUCAGAAACAGAAGGCAGUAUAGCCCAGCAGGCCCAGUGCCUGGGGUGUGGGCAAGCUCUUUUCACCAGGCAUGGGCCUUUAAACCCGCUAAUAAUAAAGUCAGGGUAA